AUGGCUUACGACGUGCCCAAGCCAGUCUCGCUCAAGAGGAAGAGGAGAAGGAGGGAGGACAAGCCGGCUGUCGCGGCGAGAAUAUAUCUGGACAGCAACCUGAAGGGAGAGGUCGGCAUUCUAUCAGCUGAUCUGGUGCGAGACCUGUUUCCCGGGCAGGAUGGGCAGAGUUCUGGUCAAGCGGGCGAACAGAAGAAGCUGUUCUGCGCAGUAACAGCGUGGACGCCCAAUCCUUCGCUCUCCGAGUCAAGCUGGACGAUUCUGCCAAUCAGAGCCCAAGCUGCGAGCGAGAAACCACUGCCUGCCUCGACCAUCAGGUUUCCAGCAUCGGCUUCAGGUACGCAGAGCUUUGUGAAGCUCGUCCAGGCUCUUGCUCCCUCCAAGCCCCUCCGUCAAAACAGCUCCGUCGAGGUCAGAGUCAGCGAUGUCGUGCCACUGCCGCUUGACACCAUCUUCGUGUCGGUAGAUCCGGAAGCGAUCCAAAAGCUGCAAGAUGUGCAUAAACGGUAUGGUGGUGGUGUUGGCACAGCUGCGCAGAAUGCCAGGAGGCCAGGCAAGCAGGCGGCUUCGCCCGUGCAAGAGGAUGGAGCUGCUACAGAACGGGAAGAGAACGUGAAGGCAUUGGUCAAGGAAGCUCUUUGGUCUAUCGUCCAUACCGAGGACCUUCUGCCAUUGCCAAUCUCGCAUCCGGUCACGCACACCAUGGCGCCUCCAGCCAGGAUUCUGGCUUGCGAGCCUGUGUCCCAAGGGCUGGUAUCUGAUUCCACCAACAUUGUGCUUGUGCCUACCUCUUCCGAGAAACGUGCCAAUGCUGGGAACAGAGGCCUUCUUUCUCCACGUCUGGACGAGGAGUCUGGCGAGGAGGACACAGCCAAUGAGGCCUUCUACUCUGCUACCGAAGAGAACUCCCCAGCAAAGCCACUGAAGCCGAUCGUUACAUCGAAAUCUGCCACCGACUUCUCGAACUCUGACGAUAUGUUCGAUUCAAGUGCUGAGGAGAGCAACUUGUCUGAUGACGAUGACAUGAUAUCGUUGGCGAAGCCCAGUCUCGUGGAUGGACCAUCGGGGCUCAGCUCCGCACUGACAUCCGCAACACCCAGACCCUUCGGACUGGGCACUCGUGGUAUCGGCACGCCAGGAUCUGUCUUCUCCAACAUGACUUCAACGACGAUUAGAGGAGGCCAGGCGACUCGCAGCAAGGUCUUUCGCGCGCAGGGCCUCGUUGAACGCAUACCGAAUGAGCUGCUGCAUCCACGACCAUCUGCCGACGAGGACGAAGAAGCUCGUGUCUACGUUGACGCCCAGUCAUUAGCUCGUCUAGGCUGUUUCUCCGGCGACUGGCUCAGAAUCGAAGCUGCUGAAAGCCAGAUACUGCCGAACUUUAGUGCUUUCGGCGAGCUUGGUGGCCUGACAGAGCGACAAUGGCGCCCAGCCAAGGUCUACACUCUCCCGGAGAAUAUGACGAAGCGAGCGCAGAACUAUAAAGUGAACACGAGGCACGGUCGCAGAGAUAGCAUCUCUUCGCUUGCGACGAACUCUUCCACGGCAGCGAUGAUCUACCUUUCGCCAGUAUUGUUAGCCAACUUGCAGGAGCCGACCAAUAUCAGCAUGUCUGCCAUGCCUAAGAACAAGAGGCAGAGUCUGAAACGACCUAUGACGCCCAGACCGGACACUGCUUCUGCUCGAUUGCCACCGACUGCAUCGGAGGUGACACUGAGGAAGAUCGUGACACCAAUUUCGACCGAACAAUCACUGAACAAUGCACUCUUCACCAAGCUGAAGCAGUACUUCGAGAUGAGGCAGCGCAUCAUCAAGCCUGGCGAUUUGAUUGCCAUACAAGUGGACGAAUCGUUGGGCCGAUCCGUCUAUGAGGGUGAAGCUGAGCUGGAUGGUAGCAGCGCUUCUGCCCUGCUGUGUCACAAUGUAGCCAACGGCGAGAGCAGUGACAGCAAGACUCCCGUCAACGUUGCGUGGUUCUCCAUCGAAGCCAUCAACGUUCCGCCAUCAGAAGACGGCAUCGAGCCAGAGUCUGAUACCUGGGGCGACGCUGCGACCAUUGACCCUACCAAAAUACAGAUGAGGCAAUCCGGAGAUGACAGACGUCAACUGCCGUCGGCCUCGAGCAAUACAUGGCAGUAUUAUCUGGGCGUUCGCAAAGUACAGGCAAAGCCUACUGCCAAUGCUGCUGCUACCGGUCUGCCUGAAGUCACUCCACCUUACAUCUCGGCUUUGCAGAGGAGGCUCCGUGAGCUGAUAUCUGUCUCGAUAGGUCCGCGUGCAGUGCAUCUGGGUAUGCCGCCUCUGACGGUACUCAUACAUUCGACUCAGCGAAACAUCGGCAAAACACGCACUGUGCAGCGCGUCUGCAGUGACCUUGGCGUCCACUUCUUCCCGAUCGAUGGUAACGAUAUCGCAUCAGAAGGCGGUCAAGGCGUCGACACGCAGGCACAAGGUCUUCUGGAGGCGAGAUGUGAACGUGCUCUUGACUGUGGAGCUGAGUUUACGGCAAUCUGUAUCACGCAUCUGGAAGUGCUUGGUGAAGAACGAACUGCAGCAUCGCUGAAGGGCGUACUGGAGACAGCAAGAGUACUGGUCGCUACCACCACGGAUGUUGACAAGAUCCCGGACACCGUGCGAGGACUUUUCACGCAUGAGUUGGAGAUGUCUGCACCUGACGAAGGCGAGCGAGAGGGCAUCCUUCGAGACAUUGCAACCGACUCUGGCGUAUCGCUUGCCCUUGAGGUAGACCUGGCAUCGAUAGCAGUCAAGACUGCCGCACUCGUGGCUGGUGAUCUUCUAGAUGUGGUCGAGCGUGCGCUCGUGGCAAAGGCCGAAAGGCUCUAUACUCUGGCUGUGACGAAGACUGAAGCAGCCAAAGAUGCCAUCACUAUCAAGGACAUACAACUCUCAGGCGGCGCUGCUGCCAAUGCAGUCAUCCCAGCAGACUUCGAUGCUGCCGUUGACCUCGCAAGAAAGAACUUCGCAGACUCAAUCGGUGCACCCAAGAUUCCUAACGUCCAAUGGUCUGAUGUCGGAGGUCUAACCAACGUCAAAGACGCAGUCAUCGAAACGAUUCAACUACCACUUUCGCGACCGGAGCUCUUUGCCAAAGGCCUCAAGAAGCGCAGCGGUAUCCUCUUCUACGGACCCCCCGGCACUGGUAAGACGCUCCUUGCCAAGGCAAUCGCCACAGAGUUCAGCCUCAAUUUCUUCUCCGUCAAGGGCCCAGAGCUGCUCAACAUGUACAUUGGAGAGUCAGAGGCCAACGUCCGCCGCGUCUUCCAACGUGCCAGAGAUGCACGACCAUGCGUCGUCUUCUUCGACGAAUUGGACUCGGUUGCACCGAAACGUGGCAAUCAAGGUGACUCCGGCGGUGUUAUGGACAGAAUCGUCUCCCAACUCCUCGCAGAGCUCGAUGGCAUGAGUGACGGCGAGGAAAGCGGCGGAGGCGUCUUCGUCAUUGGCGCCACGAACAGACCCGAUCUCCUCGAUCAAGCACUCCUGCGACCUGGCCGUUUCGAUAAGAUGCUUUACCUCGGAAUCAGCGAUACUCACGACAAGCAGGCGACUAUCCUGCAAGCGCUGACGAGAAAAUUCACCCUCUCGCCAACCGUCUCCCUCCCCCGCGUCGCCUCACACCUCCCCUUCACCUUCACCGGCGCAGACCUGUACGCCCUCGCCUCCGACGCCAUGCUCAAAGCUGUCACGCGCUCCGCCCGCACCGUCGAUUCCCGCGUCGCAGCCAUCAACGCGGAGCGCAAUGCCAAGGGCCAGAGUGUCAUCUCAGUGGCGUAUUACUUUGAUCACUACGCCACCGAAGCGGACACGGAAGUUGCGGUAGUGGAGGAAGACUUCCAUCUUGCGAGACAAGAGUUGACGCCGAGUGUCAGCUUGGACGAGUUGAGGCAUUAUGAGAGGGUGAGGAGUAUGUUUGAGAGUGUUAAGGAGAAGACGGAGGAUUCAAAUGAUACGCACGAUCAAAGGCCUGCUUCCUCGCAGCAGGGGGUUAAUGGGUCCAAUGCUGCUGGGGGUUCUGAUGCGCGGCAACGAGCUGCGGAUGCCAUGAAGCGUAUCAGUAGGAACGGGCCACCGGCUUCUGUGGUUACGAAUGGCAGUGGCGGCGGCGGCGAUCAUUCCCACCCUGUGCUCCGGCCCAAUGCCGCAUCGGCGCCGGGAGCUGCUGACACGAAGGCGGAUGCGGAUGCGGAUGAUGACUUUGUCAUCCGCACAGAUCGCAUGUCCCUGCAGCAGAGUAGUCCGAGGAAAGGGAAAGGGAAAGGGAAGGGGAAAAGUCGUGAGAUUGAAAGUAAUCAGCCGGUCUCGAACGGUACAGUGGUCCAGGAUGGUGGUGACGCUGACGACGCCGGUGAGGAUUUGUAUGACUGA